UCUUCCUCCUCUCGUCAGGCCGUCGAAGGGCACCUCAGGGCGGGGAAGGAGCGUCACAGGGGUCGGUGUUUGUGGAGCGGAUCUCCGGAGCUCUCCCUCAUGCUGCAGACAUAAAUGCACGGAAAUACACACCUCCUUGAUGUUGAUGCGUACUAACAGCACAGAGAGAAGAAGCUGUAGGAGCAGAUUUAUUUCAGUGUGAGCUGCAGAAAGGACGGGAGCAUGAACCACAGAAGAGGAACAGGAGGAUUCCUCACCAUGUUUCUGUUCUUGGGUCUAAUAUGGACACAGCUGCUGAUCACAGAAUCGUCCUCUGGAGAUCACGAGCUGCGUCUCUUCCCGUCUCGUCGCUCCAGUCUCCUCCAUCAGGAAGUGGAAAACCUCCCAGAACCCAAACACCUCCAACACCUUCACCUUCAUCAUCUUCAUCAUCACCUUCAUCCUCAGCCUCCUGCCGGGUUUUUAUCCAAAGCGAUGCCGCCCGCUCUGCUGGACUCUCCGUUUCCUCCGGAGCACAAAGUGGUGACCGCACGACAUCUGGUGACCGUGUACCUGGCUGUGGAUGUGCGGAGGCUGAACAAAGGUCUUCUUCGUUGGUUUCGAGAGGGUGUAGCUGCGGCGCUGGGCGUUCCUGCAGGACACGUUCACAUCCACCGUCUGAAUGAGAAGAAGAAUGGCAUCGAGCUCUUCGUGUCCUCUGAUAGGCCGGGAGUCUCCGAGCCCCUCCCCGCUGAAGAGGUCAUCCAAUCACUGAACAUCAGGGUCCUGCAUCGACACCUGGGACACUUCGGCAUCACCGAGGUCUCCACCGAGAAGAACGUGCUGCAGGGCGAGCAGCGGGAUCACGUUUGGAGCCCAGAGAGUUUCUACGCCGUCGUCCUCUUCUUCACCGUCUUCGUCAUUGUCAUCACCUGCUUGAUGGUUUUGUUCCGACUGAAGGAGAAGGUCCAGGUUUGUGACAGACAGCUGAAGGCCCCGCCUCUUGACCUCCACCUGACCCCCACCGUCCAAUCAGACUCCGCCCAGAAGUCAAAGGGUGCCAAGGUUGUGUCGUCAGGAAGCAUGGUACAAGCUGAGCUCCCGCCAAUUGUAGCCAAGCCCAUUCGUCCGCAGCAGCCAAUCACAGCCUGCCGUCGCCUCGCUCCUCCUGUCCCUCUGCCCAGCUCCUCCCUUGUGCCAGUCUUCAGCAGCUUUGACCACACCCCCCUCGUCAGCGUUGCCCCGGUGACAGCCAAUCACGAGCUAAAGCCGUGCCCCUCCCCCUUCAGGAUGAAACCUUCCGCCGGACUGCAAGAGAGACGUGGCUCUAACGUCUCCCUGGUGUUGGACAUGUCGGUGCUGGGCUCCGUGGAGCCGCUGAGCGUCGCCCCCCCGGUGACGCCCCGCGAGGCUGCCGCCAGAGAAUACCUGCUGGCCGCCCGACGACCUCUGACCCGACAGCAGCUCCGAGACGUCGUGCAGAACACACACACUCUGCACACUGAAUUUGCUGAAAUCCCCAUGAAUUUUAUUGAUCCCAAGGAGCUCGAUAUUCCAAACCACGGGACCAAGAACAGAUACAAGACCAUACUGCCCAACCCUCACUCCAGAGUCACCCUGAAGUCCAAGAGCUGCAACGACCUGCUGAGCUCCUACAUCAACGCCAACUACAUACGGGGAUACCUAGGCGACGAGAAGGCGUUCAUCGCCACGCAGGGCCCGAUGGUGAACACGGUGAACGACUUCUGGCUGAUGGCGUGGCAGGAGGAGGCGCCGGUCAUCGUGAUGAUCACCAAACUGAAGGAGAAGAACGAGAAGUGUGUCCUGUACUGGCCGGAGAAGAGGGGGAUCUAUGGGAAGGUGGAGGUGUUGGUGAACAGCGUCAGAGAGUGUGAACACUACACCACCCGCAGCCUCACACUCAAGAGUGGGAAUCAGACCCGGGACCUGCAGCACUUCUGGUACACGUCGUGGCCUGACCACAAGACGCCCGACUCCACGCUGCCGCUGCUGCAGCUGAUGGGAGACGUGGAGGACCGGAGGGCGGCAGCCAUCUUGGGACCCGUCAUCGUGCACUGCAGCGCCGGGAUUGGACGGACCGGAUGCUUCAUCGCCACGACGAUAGGUUGUCGACAGCUGCAGGUGGAGGGCUUCGUCGACGUGCUGAGCAUCACCUGCUGCCUGCGAGCAGACAGAGGAGGUAUGAUUCAGACAGGUGAGCAGUACGAGUUCGUCCAUCACGCUCUGAGUCUGUACGAGUCCCGCCUCUCCGCAGAAACCGGCCAAUGAGAGCACAGCGCCACAGGAGGCGUCGGUUUGAACCAGGAAUUGCUCUGACAUAAAGCGAGUCAUUUGUAGAGCUUCACGAUUGACGGACACCUCGGACAGCCAAUCAGGAGCGAUGUGGGCGGAGCCUGUUGAAGGGAAGAUGGAAUGUAAAUUCUGAAAAGGGGAAUCUAUCCGUUCUUCUUCUUCUCUGCCAUUUCUUCUUCGUGUUUUUUGGCGAGCGUUUCUUCAGAGGAGCUCAAAGACUCGCUUCUCUUCGGAUCGUGUUUUUAUUCACUAACCAGAAUGUCCCGUUACCUCUUUUUUCCUGUCACAGAGACGUAGAAAUAAUAGUCUGAAGUCGAUGGUUCAAUAACACUGUUGUGUUUUGUGUGUCUUAUAGGGUUUUAAAUGGUUUUAUAAUCGUGGUGUUCUGAUAUAACAAUGGCUGUUGGUAAAAUGACUGUUAGCUGGUUGCACCUUUGGUUACUCGACCAUCGAUGAACCAACAUCUCCUCGCCGCUUUUGUGACAUCUGCACUUCCUACGUUACUCCAUGAUUCACCUACGAAACGUUUUUAAGUCUAUCCAGCACCAUGAUGUAUCUAUAAAGUCAUUUUCAUGGUUUCACAGGUCUAAAAACAACAAACUACAAACUCAUCAGAAAUACUACAUUUAUCAAAUUUACCCUGAAAUGCUAGCUUGCUAACUAGCAAACACACUAAUCUUGACCCUUGUGCCUCAAUAGGGACAUUUCUGGCUGUUUAAUUUUACAUUUUUUAAAUAAUUGUAGCUGUUUUAAUGAGUUUUAUUAAUCAAAAUUGUGAAUUCAGCCCCGAUAAUAAGUGUAUAUCCAAAAUGCAGCCAGUCGAAGCCAAAAAGGACAGAAAAGUCCCCAUUAAAACCAUUUAUUUAUUAUCAAAUUACAUCUUAAUAUCCUGCUCUGUAUUAUCCAUCUACAGCCCCUGCUCCUACAUUUAACUUUUUACUAUUUUUCUUAAAUUUCUGCAGUAACGUAUGAAAUGCUGACGUCACAAAUGGAGCUAACGUUAGCCAUAGAUCACUAGCGAAAAGCUAACACACCAAUGUAAAGCUAAUAAGUUCAUGCUAAGCUAGUUCUCGUAAUACAGCAAUCUCCAUAGAGGCUAAUGCUAGUUUUAGUAACUCAGUGUUAGUCUGCAUUAAUGUCAAUAAAUGGAUGCUAAGCUAUAAGCUCAUGCUACUAUUAGCUCGCUAUGCUAAUCAAUAUUGUUUUAAAAAACAAUUAUAUCUAGUAUUUAAUGCUAAAUAAUAAUUUGUUAGUUGUUUGUUACAACUAUUUUAUUUGUUGAAGUACAGCUCCCAUAAGGCGUUUACUAAGCAUUAUGGGAGUUGUAGUUUUUAAAUAAUAAAACAUGUCUUUUAUUUUAAAUAAUGGACACAAAAUCAAGCUUUUAGAAAAACAAAUGAAUACAAAUAUUAUUAAAAAAAGAUGGAGGCUAGUUAAGCCAAUUACUCAGUCACAAUUUAUUUGAUCAAUUAAUAAAAAAUAAUGAAUGAACUACAUAUUUUUGCUGAGAAAUGUUGUGCUGCUAGUAGUUAGCCUUGUUUCCUGCUUUGACAAUUCUCCUGUUGUGUAAUAUUAUAUUGCUUUAUACCAAAAAAUGUGAAAUUAUUUACGUCACAAUGGUGCAGUCAUCUCAUCGAUGUGCUGUUGUAAAAUCUAGUGUUACUUAUGGUGUAUCAAAGUAAUAACAACUUUAUUUUUAUACUGUUUUUACAUGUUUUUGAUGUGUUUUAGCAUUUGUCGACGCUAAUUUGGGGGUACUAAACUCACCACAUCUCUUAAUCAUGAAUUUAACUGUCCAAUACUGCAUAUUUUAGAAUAAAAUGUGAAACAAAAA